GAGGAUCCUCACAUUUCCAGCCAUCAUUUGAAGAUACACUGCGUUGUGUAUGGAGACGAGGACAUCCCAGAGGUCGCUCCCAUGGUCUAUAUGAAAGUUCUGUCGAUGAACUCAGUUCUGCUCAGACGCAAAAUGCGCAAUGGCUUGGGGCAGCCGGUCACAGUGACCAACCGCGAAGGCCAUGUUCUUCUCAAUCGCGGCGAUUCCGUACAGCUCACACACCGCAUCUCUAUGACCUUUGAGCCCCAGCUUGCAAUUGACGAACCAGAAUUCGAUGAGAGGUGUCAAAUCGAGUCUACGGCAUUUGCUGAUCAGUACCAGUUGACGGAUCGUAUUCUCGGUAAGGGUGGCUACGCGACCGUCUACAUUGCUAUCAAAACGCAUACCGGCCAGCAAUUCGCGUGCAAAGUGAUCGGCCAGGACGAAAGCUUCACUUGCUCACGAUCGAUGCGUUCAGCCGCUCGUAACAGCGGGGGCGCCAUUCGUGAGGUCGAAGUGCUCAAAAAGCUUUCUCAUCCCAACGUCAUCUCGUUGGAAAAGGUCAUCACUACUCCAUUCAAUAUCUACGUCUUCCAAGAGCUUGCGACUGGUGGAGACCUUUUGUCUUAUAUGGACAAGAAAGGAAGGUUAUCAGAGACGCAGGUCGCGGUCAUUGUCAAACAGCUUCUCGAGGCGGUUAAUUACCUCCACAGCCACAACGUCGUCCACCGGGACAUCAAGCCGGAGAACAUCCUCAUGACGUCGUGGAAAGAUGGUGGUAGACUGGUUCUGAACGACUUCGGCCACGCCAAGACCUUUGCCGACUUCGAGCAAGCAGCAAAUGCUGCAGGCGUGCGACGAAUGCACACUAUGGUUGGCACAGUUGGCUAUAUCGCACCUGAGGUAACGCGACAGCGAAGAGUUGACCUUGAGCAUUCGAGCGGAUAUUCCAAGGCUAUCGACAUGUGGUCGGUUGGCUGUACUGCUGCUGCUCUCAUCACCAAUCAUCCUCUGUUCCCAGAUGGCAGCACGACCGACGAACAAUGCCUAGCGCACAUCGCUAGCCUUGAGGAAAACGAAGACUGGCAAGAACUCGGCCAUCGCGGAAAGACAUUCAUCAAAGGCUGUCUGACGAUCGACGAAGAGCAGAGACCAACCGCCAAGCAAGCCUUGCAGAUGCCCUGGUUCACCCAUCCAUUCUACAAAGCAGACUUCGAUGCCGCAUACCAGCAUGCAAUUGCAGACUGGCAACCAAAAGAGCUUAACGUCAACCUCGUCGAGCAUAUCGACACCACCGAAGCCGUGGAGCGGGCUCAGCAGGAAAGCAGACGCUCCAAGCAUUUCAAUUCAGUGCAAGCCACCUUCCGGUCAUACCCGAAUGUGCAACACACCGCUCGGAAAGGCAGAUCAGAUGAGCUGCACGCCAGUCCCGCUCGCAUCCCAGACACUCCAUCGCCUCCACCGCAAUACCGGAGCAGUUCGGAGCAGCAAGAGACGUUUGACAGUAUUGCCCACCCGCCCGACAUGGGCCGAUUCCGCGACUUCAGCGUGCAUCCACAGGAGACAUUCGACCUCAGUCAAGCCAUGUCGCUGCCGCCCAAGAUAUUAAAGCCAGGAUCAAACGUCGCUCAGCGCUGA